AUGGCAACUUGGGUCGAUUACGCUGCUUUAGUCCUGACGCUUGCGUUCUUCGCCGGUAUGGGCUACAUGUAUCUCUACAUGCGGAAUUUUUGGUCGGGCGCCGUCGAAAAUACCAAGGGCUCGCUGCAGGACAAGGGAUUCAGCCUGUCCAAGAGCGGCGUGUCCGUAAAGACGGACAAACGGUUCGACCACGAACAGUACCUAGAUGCCACGCAACGGGGCUUCAUCAAAGCGUUCAACGCCUCGUCGGCAGGCAAAGUAGAUCCGGACGCGGGAGCCAAGAAGAGCAAGCGCGGGCUGUUUGGUCGCCGCGCGCAAGUCGAGAAGACAUGA